GUGCAGAUGAAAGGAAAAUAUUUUGUGUGUCAGUUGUCAGUUGAGUCUGCUCGAAGCUGGAUGGUCGUUAUAAUGACGGCGAUUCAGGAUGAAACUUAUUUUGGUUUUCAAACAUUUGCUUGGCUCGCGGAUUAUGUUAAUCUUCCCAUUGAUCAAGUGAAUUUUUUGAUAACACAAUUCACUGCAUUGGGAUUGGCUGGAAUUUUAAGGUCAUCACUAAAUCCAAAUGUAACAUCACCAGCCACAAGACAUGCAUUCGUUCUUAUUUUUGGACUUGCCCUUGGAUACUUCAAUUUCGGCAAGCACGCGAUCCAUUUGGCAGGACUACCGACAAUAUGUUACAUAGUGAUGAGAACUCAGGAUCCAAAAGUGAUGCAAAGAUUCGUUCUCGUCAUUGCAUUGAGUUAUCUUUCAUGUAUUCAUUUACAUCGACAAUUUUAUAAUGGCGGAAGUUAUACACUCGACAUCACUGGUCCUCUUAUGGUAAUCACUCAAAAGGUGACGAGUCUGGCUUAUAGUAUUCACGAUGGAUUGUGCCAAAUGGAUGAGGAUUUGACACCCUCACAACGUCAUCAAGCAGUUCGAAAAAUGCCAACAAUGCUGGAGUACUUUAGCUACAUAUUUCAUUUUCAAUCAAUAAUGGCAGGACCCAUAAUUUUAUAUCACGACUACAUCGAUUUUAUUCACGGUCAACGGAUCUUGGAAGUGAAAUCACUUAACGGUUACAGCGAGAAAACAUCGAAUGAAAUUGUUCUUGAACCAUCGCCAGCUACAAUUGUUGUUAAAAAAGUUCUCACAAGUCUUUUCUUUGCCCUUGUAUUUGUCACAUUCAUUCCCUCGUAUUCGAUCGUUAAAGUCAAAGAUGAUGAGUUCUUGGAAAAAACUUCGAUUAUCUACAAAUUUUGGUACCUGACAAUAGCCACAAUGUUGGUUCGCUUUAAGUAUUAUCAUGCCUGGAUUAUGGCUGACGCAAUUUGCAAUAAUUCGGGUCUUGGCUUUAAUGGAUUUGAUGAAAAUCAACAGUCACGUUGGGACAAAGUUUCUAAUGUUGAUGCCUUUAAAUUUGAGACUGCUCUUAGUCUUAGGGAUAGUAUCGAAGCUUGGAACAAGGGGACAAAUCGAUGGCUACGAUCGUUAGUUUAUGAAAGAAUGCUUCGCAAUAAAACAGCUUACACAUAUGCCUUGUCUGCCUUAUGGCAUGGAUUUCAUCCUGGUUACUACCUCACAUUCGCCAAUGGAGCAUUUUUCACAUACGCUUCACGAAUCGUUAGACGCCAUGUUCGACCUCACUUCCUAAUUUCGAAGAAGACCAAAUUAUUUUACGAUAUAAUAACAUUCUUGACAACGAAAGUCAUUUUAACCUACACGACGUUUACUUUCGUUCUUCUGGAAUUAAAACCAAGUAUCACAAUGUACCUGCAUUUGUACCUAUUCCCGAAUAUUUUGGGAUUGACAGGAAUUCUCUUUCUGCCUGUAAUUCUGCCUCUUACGAAGCAAAAAUCACAAACUUCCAAGACUGAAUUGAGUAAUGGACACGUAACGACAAAUGGACACGCGCACAAAAUCGAAUGAUUGAUAUAAAGCAAAAAAAAAAAAAAAAAAAUAAUAAUAAUCAGAAAUUAGGAGAUUAAUUGUUUGUAUGUGUGUACCGAGAGAUUUUCCAAUCUCGAUUGCGAGGAUUUUUUAUUUAUUAUAAAGUACGAAAGUUAAGAUAUUUUUUAAGAAAUA